CCCUCACAUGUACAGGACCCCUCACAUGUACGGGACCCCUCACAUGUAUGGGACCCCUCACAUGUACGGGACCCCUCCACUGCUUGCUCUUCUUCUCAUCAGAUAAAGGGAUCAUCUAGUGUCAGAUCACAAGAUUUGUUAUUACAAUCCAUGGGAGGUGUGUUGAAUGAAGCAGCGAGUCACUCUAAAAACUGUGCUUCUGUGAAAGAGUGUUCAAAACCAAGACCAGACGGAGAAACAUCCACAAUAUUGGAGGUUAGUGAAGCUGCUGAAAGGUUUCUCAUGUCACAUGAUGACUCACAUACAACACUGGAUGACUCACAUACAACACUGGGUGACUCACAUACAACACUGGAUGUCUCACAUACAACACUGGAUGACUCUCCAACAAACAGAGAUGCCAUAAAUAGUUCAAACUCCAGGUUCAGUCCUUCAUCUCAUGCUUCAGAUAAGCAGCUAUCUACAGUGGAUCUCAAACCUGUGAUAAAAGACCACUUGAACAAAAGGGCUUCUCCUUCUGUUAAACCAUCACCAGUUGCACUUCUUAAUGGCAUGCUGGGGUCUCUCAAUGUAUGCAGAGCUCAAACAACAUUGCCAGCUAUGAGUAGGCAUAUGAAGCCAAAUAAAAACAAGGUUGACAAAAACAUAGCAGUCAGAAAUAAAAGCCAGAAUGAAGGAAAAUCAAAGUUACUGCCAGGUGGUAGUAGUAACACGCUAUCACAAAAUGACUUGCCAGGCUGUAGUGAGGUAGGUUUAGUUGAGCCAAAUGGUUUUUUGGUGCAGGCAAAGACUAUUAAUCCUUCCAAUAUUAGAUCAAGUGAUGUACUUGAGUUUGUCCGACCCGGCUUCACAACGAAAUAUCCAAAUCCCUCAGAGUGUCCAAGUAAAAUAAAUUCACAGCUCAGACAACCUAAGCCAGCAGAGUGUCCAGGUAAAAUAAAUUCACAGCUCAGACUACCAAAAGAGAGCAUGUAUUUAGAUUCCUGCCACCCUGAAGUGAUGGAAAUAGUUUCACUCUUGUGUCAAAAUCAAAUGGAACAGACUGGAGAAGCUCGGUAUUUAUCAUUUCACUGAUUUUUAUACUUUUUUUUUUAGUUGUUUUUUAGAUGUAAAUUUAGUGUAAUGAAAGAAAAUACAAAAUCAUUUUUGUUUCAUAGCAAACUUUCCAACUAGUUAGAAAAAUGUUUAAAAAAAUGAUUGAGAAUAUUUAUGUUUUAAUAAAGGUAUGUAUGGAUUUCUUGUACAUAUUUACAAUGCUUCAACAUAAUUAUUGAUCAUAAAAUAUUCGACUGAUUCAGUCCUUUAAUACAUUGCAGCAUCAAUCUCAAUUUAAUUUCUUGCCUGGCCGUACCACUUAAGCUAGCACCCUGUAAGGGAAUUUCAGCGACAAAUGCAUCUAUCCAUCAAGGUUUAAUUAUAGCCAGCCAAGGUGGCAAUCUGGAAUAUUUUAUCAUCGGCAACAUUAUGAAAACUUUG